GACGUCCAGCUACACUUCAGAAGCGCCGCGGCCGAAGCUGCACACAGAUCAUCACAACAAACCCAGGGUGCAGCAGGUCUUUGCCAUUUUUCUGUGCCAAAUAUCUGGUGAACUACCAAAUGUUUGAUCUUCAUUUGUCAUGUAACGCCGCAGAGGGACAGUCAGUCAUGCACUGAAACCUUUUCCACAUGGAUAAUAAUAUUACCAUAUAGCCAAGAGGCACGUACAGGCAUCCACACAGACAAACAGAAGAGCAUCAUGGGAGAUUUGCCCAGCAAACGCAGAAGGCCAUCCAGCACGUCCAGCACAGAGGACCCAGGCAGCUAUGGUGGACAGGAAAACACAACAGGUGGCCAGACUGGCUUUUCUGUGGCCCUAUAUAAUUUUCCUCAUGACGGUCCAGCAGCUAACACUAUCUGUAUUGGUGACAGACUAACCAUUAUAUCAGAUGUUGGCGAUAUGUGGAAGGUAAAAGUGGGAUCAACGGGCAAAGACAGCUACAUCCCCAAAACAUAUGUUGCCAAAGUAGUGAACAAAUGGCAGUAUGAAGGCAUCAGCCGAGCUAAGGCAGAAGAGCUUCUACUUAGACCUCAGAACCAGUCGGGCUCCUUUAUGAUCCGGCACAGUCAGACCGCCAAAGGCUCUUAUUCACUGUCUGUGGUGCAAGGGCGAGGCUCAGGUCUUGUAGUCAGGCACUACCGGAUCCAUUGCUUACUCAACGGCUGGUUCUACGUGUUUACCACUCACACCUUUCCCUCCCUCAGCCGGUUGGUUGACCACUACUCUGAUUCCGUAGACGGAUUAUGCUGCUUGCUGACAAAGCCUUGCCACAUACAAGACUCAACCUCCUCCACAGUACCCAUACCAGCCCCUGUGUUUGUCAGAAAACCCACCUUUAACUGGAAGAGAGCAAAAAGAUCCAUGAUAUUUCCCAAAGAGGAGGAGGAGGAGGGGAACUCUGAGGAUAGCCCUUUCAGCGAAGGACUUCGAGAGGCCAUGAACUCCUAUCUCUUCAUGUCUCAGGAAGAGCCACUGGACAGCGAGGACUGUGACACAGCAAACGUCAGCCAUUAGGAGUUACCUUUUGACAGACUGAUAAACGUUUACUGGACACUUUCUUUCACGGUUGUGAUAGAUUUACCGCAUAAUACUAUCCAAAGUGACAUCUCGCAUUCUGAAGGAAUAUUCUUUUUUUUUUGCACAAUCCUUUGCUGUGUAAUGGACACAGCACAGUGCAAAACUUAUGCAGCUCAUUCAGAGGUUUAAGGUCAUCUUUGGCAUUCCUUGCACAUUUUGAAGAACCCGCUAUCCUUAUAAAUUCUAGGAUACUCCUGGAUUCUUCUUAAAAUAGCAAGGGGUUAUAGCCCAAUGAAAAUUUUUACAGUUUGGACAAUUUUACUGAAGAGUGGCUCAAACAGAUGUAGAUCUACAAUAGAAGAAUCUAGUAAGCCUUUUUGACUGUAAUACAAGUACAGUAAAAAGCAAUCGAUCAAAAGUGGGAAGUUCCUUAUUGUUGAAGGAAUGAAAAACCUGGCUGUACAUAAUCACAAAGAGCCUUACAGCAGUAUAACAUAUUAUAUAAUGACAGUCUAAUCGGCAGGUCCUGAUUAGACUGUCCUAUACUUGCUCUGUUUUUGCCC